UUGUCGAGUCGUUGAUGGUUAGCAGCAUAGCACCCCAUCUCGAAGAAGCAUAGGUCGAACCUUGCCUUUCCGCGGUUUAAUUCACAUAUUUAUGAUAUUCAUCGUGGACUACCGGGCGCAUGUUUUUGCUGGUUGAAUAAUCUCAAACCUCGUAAUUAAUGUGUAUUCCGCGGCAUGUAGUUAGCGUGUUGGCUAACGUUACCGGCUUUGCGCCAGGGCAGGAGUGAAGACCAAUCAAUCACCGGGUACCUUCACCGCUAGUUUUUGUGUAACCGUACAGUGUGGUGCUGCUGAGGCAAGGGAAAAAACGCAGCGGUCACCGGUGACUGGAUCUUGUGGCGUGAGCACCAAUGCAGUCUAGAAAACACGGCGAAUCCCAGUCACCGGUGUAAAACACGGUGUGUAAAAUACAUUUAGUAGCCCUCGAACCAAAUUAUAAUAAUAGAUAGGUCGCUAGCUUGAUAGCAGGACAAGUGCAACGCAAGGAUGUUGCAAGUGCUGGCUUGCGGCGUCGUAGUUUUUCCCGGUCUCUUCUUCAUCUUUCGGAGAGUACUCCCUUCCAUUUUCAAACAGUGGACAGAUGCCGACGUUGUACUGGUCAGCGAGAGGCUGGUGUCCUCCAUCCACGCCAUCAUGGCCACCACGGCGGGAGUCAUCGUGGUGUCGGCGUGCAGCGGUAACGUCAUGACUGACAGGUACUGGCUGGCCACCUACUUUGUCAUCUGGUACGGCGUGCCCUACAUGACAUACGAUAUCUAUGCCAUGUACCUGAGCCACUACUACCGCUUCCGGGUCAAGGGCCACGAGGAGUACAAGGAGCACUCGCUGACCACGGUCAACUCGUUUGUCCGCCGCGAGUUCCUACUGGUGCUCCACCACAUCGCCCUGCUCACCAUCUUGCUGCCCGUCACCCUGUUCUUCAGGAGGGACCAGGGAGACUACUUCAUUGGCUGCCUGUUUCUCACAGAGCUCAGCACGCCCUUCGUCUCCUUAGGGAAGAUCCUCAUCCAGCUGGGUCUGCAGGACUGUUGGGUCCACAAGGCCAAUGGGGGCAUGGUGCUGCUCAGCUUCUUCCUGUGUCGAAUUGCCCUUUUUCCCUACAUGUACUGGGUCUACGGCCGCCACUACGGCAUCCCGAUCUACGGCGUGCCGUUCCAUCUGACGCUGUCGGUCAACCUGGGCAACUUAUGCAUCCUGGCGCCGCAGGUCUACUGGUUCGUGCUGCUUUGCCGCAAGGGCUGGCGGCUCUACCAGCGCCAGCGUCACGCCACCGCUGCUGCCGGCAGCCAGGACUCCUCCCCCCUGACCCCACCUAGCCCCUCCCUCACGGACAACCAACCCAAGGGAGACCAUUAGAGCUGGAGAGCUCACGCUGUCAUCAUUGCGCUCUCUCGGAUCUUUCUUGUUCUCUCUACUCUACCUGCGCUCGAGUCACACAAAAACGAACCACCAUUGACUACUAUUUACUACUUACUACUACUACUACUACUGCAAAGGCACUAUGGCUACUUACCACAGUCUCCCCAAAACAACUACUACUACUACUACUAUUAUCACUACUUCUACUACUAUUGUUACUACUAUGAUUACACUAGCUACUGCUCUUCCACCCAUGCCCAGUCCAAGCGAUACUGAUGAUGAUUUUUGACCCCCCCUUAGAUAUUUUUUGGGGUUCCAC